AAAGAAACUGAGGUAUGCAAAGAAUACCCUCAUAAUCUGUCUAGGCACUCCUAAUGAAUAUAAAUGCUUUUUCUCUUCCAGGUCAUUACAGAAUUCCUUCGCCUUGUAAACGUGACUGAACAAAACCACAUUACGAAAGGAACUGUCAUGUUUGCCUCUCAAGUCACAAUGGAGUCUCUCCGGGUAACCCUGGCAUCUGUCCUAGACCUCAUCAGAGAUCUUUCCGAAGGAGCAGACUACGUUCUGACUGAAAAACUUAACCAUGAUCCCUUGGAGAGAUUCUUCGGAGUCACCAGAACCUUCGGAGGGGAUGAAGACCACUUGACAAUUGUGAGCUUUUCACACAUACACAAACUUCUAAGUCUGUACACCCCUAUUAAGACUUGCAUCGUUGGUAAUGUUGUGCCAGAGCCAACUCUCGUGCUUGCUGCUGUCCAAGAAACGAUGAAGGCAGGAAAGAAAGAACGGAAGGCAACACAUGAACGGCUGCAAGAUGACAUCAAGUUGAAGCUGUUGGAGCUCUACAAUUCUUCAAAGGCUGCUUCGGCCAAAAAUUGCACUGCGCCAGACCAUUCAUACAGCACACCGACUGCACAAGAUUGCGUUGUGUACUAGUUGUGUGGAUAUCUUGUGCACUCUUUCUUGAAGCAUGAAAAGUGCGCAGCCUGCAUCACUGAAAUCCAGUCAUCGCAUACGCAGUGCCCUAAAGCUUUUCUGACACUGAAGAGAGAACUUAAGGAAGGAUGCCUUAAAUAUCCAUCAUGGGCGCUUUUCAACAUGUUUAGAGCCGUUGAAAGCAAGAUCUCUUCUAUGCUGCAAGAAAAGCAGCCUCUGCAUGGACACCAUCUGGGACAUCCUGGAUUCGCUCAAGUGCUGUGGUGUGCAAGGAGUUGGAUGCUGUACACACAAAGACACUCUGACUGCUGAACUUCUGCAGAUGUACAUAGUGUUGCGCAUGCAUUUUGCAGCAAAACACGCUUGCAAACAGUUCACUGUCUGGUGGCUGUGUUGCAUCUGUUCGAAAGAAGGUGAAGCUGAUGUAGAGUGAAGGGGAACUGAUGCCAUUGGUAAACAAAUGGUGCCAUGGCGCUUUAAAGGGUGCUGCAUGAAAAUAA